GAAAAAACCUGACCCUUGUAUCCUUGUUGAUUGAUAAUUGCGAUUAUCCUUUAUCCAUAAACAAGCUUUACUUUUUAUAACAAAGAAAACCCAAAAACGAAAUAAGCUACCAUCUACACCUCGUCAGAUCGGGAACUGCAGCAAUGGCGACUGAUGAUGAUUUUGGAGCUUUCAUUGAGAAAUUAACAAUAUCUCCAACUCCUCCUGCCUCGUUUCCUCCUCCUCUACAGGGUCUUACUUUUGCCAUUAAAGAUAUUUUCGAUGUGGAAGGACGCGUAACCGGUUUUGGUAACCCGGAUUGGUUAAGGACACAUUCGGCAGCUACUUCCACAGCUCCUGCAGUUUCAACUCUCUUAGAAGCUGGUGCUACGGCUUUGGGUAUUACCAUCCUGGAUGAAAUGGCUUGCAGUAUAAAUGGAGACAAUGUGCAUUAUGGGACUCCCAGAAACCCGAUUGCCUUCGAUAGACUGCCUGGCGGAUCAUCGAGUGGCUCAGCCGUAGCUGUAGCUGCUCGUCUGGUGGAUUUUUCUCUUGGAACUGAUACCGGAGGGAGUGUACGAGUUCCAGCAUCUUACUGUGGAAUUUUUGGUUUUCGGCCAUCUCACGGUGCAGUUUCCACUGCCGGAGUUACUCCACUGGCACAGAGCUUGGAUACAGUUGGAUGGUUUGCUCGAGACACAGCCACUUUGAAACGUGUAGGCUGUGUUCUUCUGGAGCAGCCUCACUUGAACUGCAUCGAACCAGAUCAACUGAUUAUCGCGGAUGACUGCUUCAAGCUGUGUAGUGUACCACGUGAUUUUUUUGUGCAUCCUCUGGUUGGAGCCGUGGAAAAAACGUUUGGAGGCAACACUGUAGUAAAGAAGGUGAAUCUUGGAGAGUACAUUGAAGAGAAUGUUCCUAGCCUUAAACAUUUCAUGACAAGUGACGAUGACACGACACAACAAGAGUUCAGCAUUCCGUCUCUCAUGGCUCUAUCGAAUUCAAUGAUAUUGUUACUAAUGCAUGAACUGAAGAUAAACCACAGUGCAUGGGUCUCGUCAGUGAAGCCAGAGUUUGGUCCUGGAAUUUCAGAAGGGAUAGAGGAAGCUAUCAGGACGUCCGAUGAGAAGAUCGACCUUUGCCGGUCCGUGAAAUCCGAGCUUAAAACAGCUCUUUCGACGUUGCUCGGGGAGAAAGGUGUGUUGGUGAUUCCAACGGUACCAGGUCCUCCACCGCAUCUCAAAGGUGAUGUGGCUGCACUUGAAUCUUUCCGCAGCAGAGCUUUCAACUUGUUGUCUAUCGCUGGCGUUUCCGGAUUCUGUCAGGUGAGCAUACCAUUAGGGCUACAUGACAAUCUUCCCGUAUCGGUAUCCUUGGUAGGUAAGUAUGGCUCAGACGGUUUUGUUCUCAGUCUUGUGGAUUCCCUUGCGGGAUUUAUAUGAUUGACAAUGAAAAGAAAGAAAGAGUUCUCUCCCAAUCGUAUAGCUUUUUUUCUUUAUGUGGGAUCCGACAAUGUGAUGAUGGUUGGGGGUACGACCAAUCAGACCGCUCUACCACUGAGGACAACGGGAGAUUACAUCCCAUAGAGUUUAAUUCAUGUCCUCAACCCAUGACAUGUUUGAGCAUAUCUGUUUUUUUAUCCAAAACUCAACAAUGUAUUAAAUAAAUUGAUGUAGAUUGGACACUUUGUAUUUGUGUGUUUAGCAAAAACAGUAAUGGCAAAUUAUUUUAAAA